AUGACUAUAAACAACAGUACUAUAUCAAUAUUUCAACGUCAUUAUCAUAAUCAAAUUGAAUCGAUUAAUGAACCAACAGCUUUAAAUAAUUUAGUAUCAAUAGAUUAUAAUUAUGAUCCUAGUGGUGCUGCUUAUUUUAUGAUUAUUGUUCUAUUAUGGUAUUCCAUAAGUGUUGUUUUUAUGUUGGGAAUGAAAAUUCGAACUCGUACUGAAAUCAUUGAAGAUUGUAUACACCGUCGAGUAAAAUUAUUUAUUAAAACUCUUCGAGAUCAAACCCAGACUAAACAAAUUCUUGAAGAACUUGUUGAUAAACAAAAACGUAAUCAACUUUGGAAUAUUUAUUUCGGUAAAACAUAUAAUAAGAAACAUAAAUUAAAACAUGCAGAAAUUCUUCGAAUAAAAAAUAUUAAAAAACAAUUAGCUAUCAUUAAUCAUAAUCGUAUGAUUAUAAAUGAUACAUUUAUAUCUCCAAUUGUAAAUUCUUGUACUCGUCAUCGAUUAUCAAUGAAAAAUCAAAAAUGUAUUCGACGUCGUUCAUCAUUGGAUCGACAAAUAAUUCAACGAUGGAAAUCAACUAUUGAUCAAAAUAAAUCAUAUGAACAGCAAAUACCAUGGACUAUUAAAAAAGUACUUAUACGUCGUUAUUUGAGACGAUAUUAUCAAAAUACAUCAAUGACUAUACCUGCAAUGGAAUCAGUACAAGCUCAUCAAUAUUUACAAACGAUCGAUGAUGAACAAUGUCAUUUUUUAUCAGCACAUAAAAAAAUUAAUAAUAAUUCAUGUCAAAUAAUAAGAAAAACAAAUGAACCAUUAAAUGCAUAUAUAACUUAUUUUCAAUUACCAACAAAUGAAAAUCUUAAGACAAAUAUUCAAAAUUUACCACAUGUUACUGUUAAGUCAAAUCAUCAUAUUAUUCAAAUGAAUCAUGAUGAAGUUUAA